GUAGUGGAGUUAAAUAUGGUCAGAGCUAGUUUCCGACACCAAUACCGAACCAAUCGCCGGCGCCUAGGCGAUGCCGGGCCCAGGUUCGCACCUGAUUUACGCUCUGGGUGGCGGCCAAGCCCUCGCCGCCGUGUCCGGCGGCCGCUUCAGCCCCCACCACUGCCUCGUCUACGCCAUCAACGCCUUCUUCGGACCCGACCUUGGCUCCUUCUCCGAGUGGCUGGCUUCAACCCUCGGAUUCGGCCACGCCUUCGCCUCGCUCCUCGAAAGCUUCGUCCACCACCCCUUUUAUUACUUCUUACUCCUCGGACUUCCCCUCUCUCUUCUCUACAGCUGGGUCUCCAGGCUUCUCCUCCAGAAAGGCUUUCUUGAUUCCGUUUCUGGCGUGCCCCUUACAAGGAGACAAUGCUUGUUUUUGGUCUCAGCAGGUUCUUUAUCCCACUUUUUCUUAGACCACUUGUUUGAGGAAAAUGGCCAUUCUUCUAUGUAUACUUGGAUAUUGAGUACUGGUUGGUGGGAAGGCCGAGCAGCAAUCACCCCAGAUGGCGUUGUUGUCGUUGGCCUCUUAUGCACUGGCCUGAUCUGCGGUUUUAUUUACAUCAACAGGUCAAGUUAAUAGCAAAGCCCUUGAAGUCCGUCAGGAAACAGUCAAGUGAAUCGAUGAGACUUAUUCUGAUCAUAGCAAUCCUGUACUGCUCAUGGUGUGCAAGCCAGAUUUACCUGGCAAAUCCUCGUCGACCUGCAGUUGGCGAAGAGGCUGAUCUUGGGGUUCUCGUGUUUCUAGGCACCUACUUUUUUCUCCCUCACUGGUUAUGUAUCGCGUCAAUGAGCCCGAAAGACUAUGCCGCUGCAUCAGAGCAGCUGCCACGGUAACAGCAUCCCAGUGGCAGUGGAAGUGGCUGCUAGGCUUCAAUGACAUCAUCUGUUGUGUAUGAAUAUGGAUGCCUCUGCCGUGUGUUUGGCUCCUCUGCUUUUCACUCAAAUUUUGAACCUCAAUACAUAUGGUGGGACAAACAAGUGUUAGGAUGGGCAAGAAAAAGAUUGAUUGAGCCAUAUAUGGUAAUUGUUAUUUUUUAAAAAAAUUAGAAAUUUAAAACUCGUCGAGUAAAACAAAAUUUUACUAACAAGUGUUAGGUGAUAUGUACCUCGUACUUGUACAUUCUUUUUAAUAUCUUGUGCUUAUUGUAAAUGGAAACAAAAGGGAAAAUGCAAGUGGUUAUUAAUUUUUUAUUACCUCUAAUAUUUAUUUGUUCGUAUAAAAGAAUAUAAUUUAUGAAGGCUUUGACGUUGAUCAGUUGCCAGUUGGACGCAGUUUCGCGCGCCAUUUUAACCGACUUUAACGGCCGCGUCAAUCCGAAAUGCCUGCAACUUUUCAUGCCUCGCCGUGAACUCAAUUCAAACCACCCCCAACGGCAACCACUUCCUCCCUCCCUCCCUCAUUCCCCGUCUCUCUCUCUCUCUCUCUCUCUGCGCCUCCGCCGCCAUCUCUCUCCGUCAUGGCGGCGUAUAAUCUCAAUUCUGGUUUCCUGCACGACAAGCCCGCCGCCAACAACCUCCGGAAGACGAACAACAAACUCGGCCACCCGCACCACCACGCUUCCGCCUCCACCGCCACCUCCAAAAUCCGGUACCUCCCGCUGAUCUACGACCACCAGAAGCCGUGGUGGGACCAGAUCCUCGACCCCGGGAGCGAGUUCGCCAACAAGUGGAACCACAUCUUCCUGGUGGCCUGCCUCGCCGCCCUCUUCCUCGACCCCUUCUACUUCUUCCUCCCCCACAUUGGCGGCCCCGUCUGCAUGCAGUCCGACGUCGGCCUCGGCGUCCUAGUUACCGUCUUCCGCUGCGUCGUCGACCUCUUCUCCUUCCUCCACAUGUCCAUGAAAUUCCGCACCGCCUAUGUGGCCCCUAGCUCCCGCGUUUUCGGCCGCGGCGAGCUAGUCACGGAUCCCAAGAUGAUCACCAUGCGCUAUUUGAAAUCUGAUUUCUGGAUCGAUCUCGCCGCCACGCUUCCCCUUCCCCAAAUUGUCAUCUGGUUUAUAUCUCCUACAGUAAAAAGUCACACAGCUGCUCAUGCUAACCACACCAUUUCUCUGAUCAUUAUCGUUCAAUAUAUUCCACGAUUGUUUGUUAUUUUUCCUUUAAACCGGAGAAUUAUUAAAACUACAGGGGUGGUAGCUAAAACUGCUUGGGCAGGAGCAGCAUACAAUCUUCUUCUCUAUCUGCUAGCAAGUCAUGUUUUAGGUGCUUCAUGGUAUCUGAUGUCUAUUGAGAGGCAGUAUUCAUGCUGGAGACAGGAAUGUAGAAGGGAGAUGAAUCUCACACACUCUCCAUCAUGUACUCCUCUGUUUCUGGAUUGCAAAAGUCUACAAGACCGUGGACGCCAGUAUUGGUUGAAGGCUACCAGAGUCCUAAUAGAAUGUGAUGUUCGAUAUAGUGGGAAUUUUGAGUUUGGAAUGUUUUCUGAUGCAUUCACAGAGGAUGUUGCUUCUUCAAAUUUUAUUGAGAAAUACUUUUACUGCCUUUGGUGGGGUUUGAAGAACCUAAGUUCAUACGGACAAAAUUUGAAGACAAGUACAUAUGUUGGGGAAACACUGUUUAGUAGUAUUAUUUGUCUUGCUGGCUUAUUUUUGUUUUCACUGCUGAUUGGCAAUGUGCAGAACUACUUGCAAUCUUCAACGGCAAGACUCGAGGAAUGGAGGGUCAAACGAAGGGAUACUGAGGAGUGGAUGAGGCACAGACAACUACCUCCAGAUCUUCAAAAUCGCAUUCGCCGUUUUGUUCAGUAUAAAUGGAUUGCUACCAGAGGAGUAGAUGAAGAAGAAAUACUGCAGGCCUUGCCGUUGGACCUCCGAUGCCAAAUCCAAAGGCAUCUCUGUCUUGCCCUUGUUCGCCGGGUCCCAUUCUUCUCGCAAAUGGAUGAUCAGCUUUUGGAUGCAAUAUGUGAACGCCUCGUCUCAUCCUUGAGCACCAAGGACACGUACCUUGUUCGGGAAGGUGAUCCAGUUAUUGAGAUGCUUUUCAUUAUCAGAGGCGAGCUCGAGAGCUCCACAACUGAUGGUGGCCGGACUGGAUUUUUCAAUUCCAUUACUCUCAAACCUGGGGACUUCUGUGGCGAAGAACUGUUGACGUGGGCCUUAAUGCCCUCCUCGACCCUAAACCUCCCAUCUUCAACUCGAACUGUCAAGUCCCUCACUGAAGUUGAAGCAUUUGCACUUCGAGCAGAGGACCUCAAGUUUGUUGCGAACCAAUUUAAACGCCUCCACAGCAAGAAACUGCAACAUGCCUUCCGAUACUACUCCCACCAAUGGAGAACAUGGGGAGCUUGCUUCAUACAAGCUGCGUGGAGACGGCAUACUAGAAAGAAGCUGGCAGAGGAAUUGUUGAAACAGGAGAGCUUGUAUUAUCUGGAACUUCCUGAAGGAGUCACUGAUCCUGGUGCUGAGGAUUAUGAUUAUGAUCAUGAGGUCAGUGGUGCUGCUGGCAACUCCAUGGUAGACAGCACCGGACAACAUCUUAGCGCCACAUUUUUAGCCUCAAAAUUUGCUGCAAAUACUAGAAGGGGGCUUGCGCAAAAGGUUAAAGCUGCUACCACCGGCUUGGAGAUGCCAAAGAAACUGUUUAAGCCGAAUGAGCCCGAUUUCUCUGCAGAUUCAUAGCAAGAAGAAGACACAUGCAUCCGCAGGUAGGGCAUUCUUCUGCAUCUGCAAAUACACUUCAUCAUCUCUGAUCCCUAAUUCAUGAAGUCCUUUCCUAACUUUGAUUAUUCACACAAGUUUUAGGAGUUUAUGAAUCAAUCUUAACUCUGUUUCUGUUAUGAGAGCUUCUGUACAAAAAAGACUAGUUAGUUACACUCCGCCUGCUGCCGGCUGGGAUUAAGGCUUGUGAUUAAUUGUCCAUUGUAUCAUCAAACUCUUGAUAAUUAUGAAAAAUCAUGAAUCGUGAAUCAUGAAACGAACCCAAGUUGGGAAAAAUUUUAAGGAUAUUUGUACAUCUGAAAGUGAUACCAUAAGCAUU